AAGGGGGAGGGAGGGAAAGAGUUUAUGGAGUAGGUAACAUCAUGAGAGAAUCAGAUAUCACGCUGAUCACUUGCCUCUCAAACUACCCCAGGCAGCUGUAAUACGUUUCUUAUGUGCACUUGAAAGGAGCGCGCGGUAUAAGGGUAGGCUUCAUCAAGCAGCGGUUGCAGAGAACAUUGGAAAAACAGGAAAACUAAUCUGUAUCACUAGAAACGCAUCUCCACCUACCGAAGACUUCACUGAAGCUACUCACAGACCUGCGGUUUUCAACUGACUGGAACUGAAGCUUGCGCGCCUCUGUGACAGCAGGAAACGAUAGAUAAAACGACAGCGUGGGAAGGGUGAUAGGCUAACUGUCAAGAAUGGCUCCUUCCCUGUACCAGGCCUAUAAGCGGCGGUGGUGGAUGGCGAUUACCGCCGUCAUUGAGAACCUGCUGUUCUCCGCCGUGCUGCUGGGCUGGGCCUCUCUCCUCAUUAUGCUCAAGCAAGAAGGCUUCUACUCACACCUGUGCUCAGAGAACGACACGCACCAUUUGAACCACACGCCGGAGUGGAAUGGUGUGGAGUGGCCCACCUGCAUAGACCAGGAGGAGGUGCUUAACCUGGGCUUCACCAUUGGCUCCUUCAUUAUUAGUGGUGCCACGCUGCCACUUGGCAUACUCAUGGAUAAAUACGGCCCCCGUCCACUCCGCCUGCUGGGCAGCUCCUGUUUUGCCUUCUCCUGUGCUCUGAUUGCCGUGGCUGCCUAUAAUCCUACUGCACUGUCGUUGCUGAUUUUUGUUGCAAUCGCCUUGAAUGGAUUUGGAGGAAUCUCCCUUGUUUUUACUUCCCUCACGUUGCCAAACAUGUUUGGUCAUGUCCGGUCCACAAUCUUGGCUGUGAUGUUCGGCUCCUAUGCUUCCUCGGCCGUCACCUUCGGAGGGGUCAAGUUGAUUUAUGACCUGGGGGUGCCCUUCAAAGUGAUCUUCUGGGGCUGGGCAGGCUUUGCAUGCCUGGUGUUCCUCAACUGCUUCGUCAAUUGGCCUGCGGAGUCCUUCCCUCCACCGGAAGACAGCCGCUACACUAAAAAGAUUAAGCUGACGGGGCUGGUGAUGGAGCACAAGGCGACUGGUGACCGCUGCUAUACCCAUGUGGCCACCGUGGGACAGACCCUGAGCGAGAAGAAAGACAUCUCCACACACGACUCAGCACAAGAGUGCCAGAGUUCCCCUCCAUUCCGCCGCUCAGUCUGUUCCGCGAUUUUCCUCUGGAGUCUCAUCACCAUGGCGAUGACUCAGCUGCGUCUCAUCUUCUUCAUGGGGUCCAUGAACAAAAUGAUUGAAUUCCUGGUAACCCACGGUAACCCUAACCCCUCUGACGAAAUGCUGUUGGAGUCAGAUGAACAAGUUGGUUUCUACUCAUCCAUCUUUGGCAGCAUGCAGCUGCUGUGCCUACUGACCUGUCCCCUGAUUGGCUACAUCAUGGACUGGAGGAUGAAGGAGUGUGAGGAGGAUGCCAACCCUCCUGAGGGCGAGAAGAGUCUUCCUGGGCCUCCAAAGCGCAACAGAAAGAUCCAGAAAUUGACCAAUGCCAUCAGAGCCUUCAUCUUCACCAACAUUCUGCUUGUCCUCUUUGGCGUCAUCUCCCUGAUAGACAACCUCCCCAUACAGCUGGUGGCCUACGUUCUCCACACGGUGGUGCGCGGCUUUAUUCACUCCUGCUGUGGAGGACUCUAUGCAGCAGUUUUUCCUUCAAAUCACUUUGGGACCUUGACGGGAAUGCAGUCUCUGAUCAGCGCCGUGUUUGCCCUGCUGCAGCAGCCCCUCUUCAUGGUCAUGCUUGGUCCUCUGCACGGGGACCCGUACUGGAUCAACAUCGGUCUCCUUGGCCUGUCAACGGCUGGGUUCCUGUUGCCUGGAUACCUGCUGUACCACCGCCGGCAGCUGAGCCAGGAGAUGGAGGAGCUGGAGCAGGAGGCCAUGGACCGCUGGGCAGACGAGAGGAAGGCACUCGCUGCCAACGGCAACGGCUUCUACAAACCACAGUCCAAUGGACACUCAGGCAGUGGACACACAGGCAAUGGACACACAAGCAAAGGCCAUAUAUAGAAUGUAUGUUUGCCAAUGAAAGAAACUCAUGGAAAUUACCGAACAGAAAAAAUAGCUUAUAGUGUUUGCUUUUAUAAUAAGAACAGCCAUUUACUGUAACUGGCUGAUGUUUGUAUGCCUACAAUUUCACUCUGGGAUGAACCAGUCAAGUUUGUGCCUUCACUAUUUAGUUUUUUUUUAAAUGAUCAAGAGUAUUAUUUAUUACCACUUUUAAAAGGCAGGGAACUGAAACCGACUGUGCCUUCCUCUUUGGACUACAAGAAAUAUUGUGCCUCUUUGUGUAAUGAGAAAAUGAAAUAAUCUUAGAUGGUAUUAUAGUCAUUUGUGACCAAACUGCCCAAACUAUUGAUGCAGGUAUAUUAGACACAUGAUGACAGUGCACCAUCGUAGUAGUACCUAUCUGCUGGGUGCUAAUGGAAAUCAUGAUUUGGUUUUAUUUAUUUUGACCUACCUUAUUUACCUUGUUUUAAACAGUGCGUCCGUUUUGGUGGAACAACCAGUCAAUUAUUGUUUAGUCUGCUUAAAAUACCUAAGAGACAUUUGGCUUGUCUGUUCUCUGUCUCUCUGUCUCUGUCUCUGUCUCUCUCUCUCUCUCUCUUUCUCUCUCUCUCUCUCUCUCUCUCUCUCUCUCUCUCUCUCUCUCUUCCUCCAUUUUGGAAGUCAAGGGGAGUGGUGGGAUGUUUCACCAACCUAUUUGCCAAUUCCCUUCACACUUUGACCUGUCAGUCCCUCUUUCUGAUAUGUUUGUGUUUGGUUGUUCUCUCCUUGCGACUGACCUGUGUAGUUUGUCACACUGUUACAUCAGUUGUGUGCCAAAAUCUGAUAACUCACCUCUGUGCUGGCUACCCACUGUUAGGAUCGUCACAGUUAGGUUUUGUGCUGGCACAACCAAGUUUCACUUAAUAAUGCUGUAUAAAGUAGUUUUUUACUUGCUUAUUGACUGCGUUUUUUCCUCUUAGUAUUGCUGAAAGUGCAGUCUCAUGAUUUAAUUAGGUUUUGAUGGCAAUCCAAAUACUGUGAUUGCACUAUCAGUAUACCUGUAGUGUGUUCAUUGUGUUAUGAAAAGAUACCAAUUUUGUUUUGAGCAAAGAGGAAUGGAGAGAUUAUGUCUCCUUUAAAAAAGAUGACAUUGAUGUGCAGAAGUAUUCCUUUUAAUGGCAGCAAUGACUAAUGAAAAACGAUGAUGGAGCGGGGCUUCAUUCAAAUGUUAACUCAAUAUUGUGUGCCAUGAGGUCUGUGACAAUAGUUGUAGCCUAUGACACACACCCAUGAUAUAACAUCAUAUGUAUCAGUGUUGACAGAAUUGAGAUUUAAAGAAUGACUCUUGGAUAACAUCCGAUGAGAGUGUAUUAAUGUAUUAUUUUGUAUAUAUUUUCCAAAACUUUGCAAGGAAUUGUUAAUUGCAUAGGAAUGCCUUUGUUUUUGUUGGUGCUGAAUUAUGUUUGCCCUAUGUUGUGCUGCUCCAUUUUCAAUUAUAUGAACAUAUUUUCACAUCAAAUGAAUGCUAAUAUGAGUGUAAAACAGUUGUUACCUGUGACAGUAGUUUGUGGCAAGAAAAACGUAUCAGUGAACAGUAAAUUAGCAGACUAGAGGAAAAUUACAGUAGAUCAAAGACCACCUGAUCAGCCCUAGGACAUAGUGAAAUGCCUACGGUAGCUAUAGUUUGCAAAUGUUUCUAGAAAAAGAAUAAUGAACUCAUAUUGGACUUAAACAGAUUUUUGAUUGCUGUACAAUGUGUAAAUGUGAUUAAAUCAUGUUUUAUGUGACUAUUUCAUUUUUGACAAUGUUUUGGUGCUUUUUUUUGGCUUCGUCUGAUAAUUGUAAUAAACAUGUGAACGAAGCAGUGGUUUUUAAUUUAUUGUUUUAUCUACGGAAAAAAAACAAAUAAAACAAGCAAAACAAAA